AUGAAUUUUGAUGGGGCCUCUUGGGGAAAUCCUAGAGCUUCAUGUACAGGAUGUAUAAUCCACUCUUCAAUUCGAGAAGUAGAAGCUAAGCAAGCGAAAGUAUUAGCAGAUGACACCAAUAAUGUUGCAGAAAUCCAUGCAACUAUUGAAGGACUGUCUAUUUGCAAGGAUCUUGGUUUUAAGAAAGUGGAAAUCCAAGGAGACUCAACCAUCAUAAAAAAUGCUUUAAGAACUGGUAGCACCCCAAAUCGAAGACUCAAUUAUUUUCUACGCAAGGUCAUUGAUCUGUUAAAAUUUUCUGAUGCUUUUACCAUAAAUCAUGAUUUAAGAGAGGCCAACGGCUUGGCGAAUCAAUUAGCUAACAGGAGAGCAGAUGGUUUUAAUGGGAAAUACAUUUGA